GUUAAAAAAAAUCCUGAAAUUCUGUAAAAUGAUUUCCUCUAAAAUUUAUACAAACACUGCAACGGAAAUCAAAGCUUAUACUCCCCCCAAAAAACGCCGCAAACGUCGCAAGCGUACUUUGGCCGCAAAAACAACAACACAAACAACAUUAACGCAAUUAUCGGCGGAAGAAUUUCCGGCAGGAGUGCAAAGUAAAAGUGUUACAAAGACGAAACAAUAUUUUCAACACGAUAAUCGUCAGAACUCAACAAAAUUCUCCUAUAAAUUAACGACGGAGAGUGAGUUGAAUUAUGCGGCAGUUGCCAAAAAAUUUAAACCACUGGGAACAUCCACAACACCCCGAACUCUACAAAAAAAUAAGAAGAGAAAUCUUAUUGUGAAGAACCGGAAGCAAAAAAAGAGCUCACAAAAUAAUAGAAAACAUCUGAGACGACAAAUGCAUAUGGGAUGUGUUUGCGCAUGCUCGACUCAGUCUGCAGGUGCUCUAAAUUCGUCUUCCAUUCCGGAUUGUCACACAAUUGCGAACAAUAACAAUAAUAAUUACAAUUUUUGUAAGCAACAACGAAUUACGUCCUCUCCUUACGAAACAGCUGUUCUUAGCAUCCCGGCAUUAAAGAAUUUGUUCUUAGCGCAUAGAAACAAAAACCCAAAUAAUUAUACCACCCAACUACCUAUAGCAGAAGCUAAAGAAUUACCAAUUCUUUUGGAAUUAUUGCAACAGUCUUCAUCAUCAUUACUGGAUCAAUUAUUGGGUAGUCAUAUUUUGAACAAUACAAAACUUAACAAGACAAGUGUGAGUCCAAAGGAGCUUAAAAGUGUCGUGAGUGUUCGUGAAACACAUCAAAUUGCUGAAGCUCAAUUAGAAAAGAACGCCAGAUUACGUGAAGCUUUCAAUAUAUCGUCAGAUUUUGUUGAGGGCUCAAGUUUCGAUUCAGAUCGGAAAGCAAAAGAUUUAGCUAAAGCACAAGCCUUACAAAAAGAACUGGACGCUCAAAGAGAAAGCCUGGCAGCUGUCGCAGCUGCAAGUAAGGAAAAGGAAAGCAGCAGCAAAAGGUAUGCAUUGGUGCGUACUCCAUCGAAAGAACGGGACGUAACUGAGAGCAAUGGCGGUGCGGGAAAUAAAUAUUUAAGCGAAGACGAACGUGAGCAUGUGUCCAAGUCCGACAAGAAGAAGAAAAAGAAACGCAGUAGAGACAGUUCGGCUAGUCCUGAGCGAAGAAAGGAUAAAAAGAAAAAAUCAAAGAAACACAAAAGGGAGAGCAAAUCUAAGAAGAAGAAAAGUCGCAAGCGCAAACCUAGUGAGACGGAUUCGGAUUAUAGUGAUAAGGAAUCCGAUGGCGAAAACGAUGUCAGCACUGAUUCCGAACGUGAAAUAAAAAAGUCCCGUAAAAAGAACAAAAAGGAUAAGAAGAAGCGUGACAAGAAAAAACGUAAGGAACGCUCAACAUCAAUUAUUAAAGCUCGUCACAGUUCUCCUGUCACCCGUAUAAAGGACAGCAAAAGACAAGAACAUUCUUCUGAUCGCAAUAACAGAAAUGAUUCGAUAAGAGAAGAGCAUUUGAAGAAACAUAUGCGUAGUCGCAGUGAAAGUCGUUCACGCGAAAGAGACUACAGUAAGAAUAGAAGUUAUAACAACAAAACUGAUGGAUCAAGAGAUAGUAGGGAAAGAGAUCGCAGAGCACAUAACUCUAGCUACCGACAAAACUCGCGUAGAUCAAGAUCCCGUGAUCGUUGUUAUUCUCCUAAUGAACGUAAACGCAAACAUUCUGAAGAGCGACAUUCUCGUCGUCAUGCUAGUCGAACACCUGAGAAGAAAAGUCGUCACAGUCGAAGUCCUAUAAAAAAGAUUGAAAACAGUAAUUCUCGUUCCAACAGACAUGAUAGAACGCGUUCUAGAAGUCCACGCUCUAAACCUGCAGAAACCAGACGUCAACGAUCAAAUACACCACCUCCUCCAAAAGAAGUAGCUCUAUCUACUUUAGCUGGCAAAAAACCAUUUAAUCCAUUUAAAGUUAUUGAUAAUUCAAGUACAAUUGCUUUAACAACGCAAACGAAAUUAAGCGCUAAUCCUUUUAAGUCGAAUUCAGCUUCAGAUGUACUAACAAAACCAGCCGGAAAUGAUUCGAAACAGAUAGCACAGCGUUCAACAUCCUCUAUAAGUUCUAAGCGUAGUGAUUCGCGUACCUCAAAAACUCCACCAGUACUAUCACAAAAAGUUAAUCAAUCAGAAUCGCGUACCUCAGAACGUAGUUCAUCGCAUGUCAACGAGGAUGCUAAAAGCGUACAAAAUAAGGAUACACAGAGGGAAGUGUCAAAGCAAAAACAACGUUCGCGUUCAUCAUCGAAUAAUAGAUAUGCCGAAAAAACCCAUAAUCGUUCCUCAUUAAAACUAACAACACGGUCACGUAAAACACGUUCCAGAUCUUUAUCUAAGCGUGACCGAAAAAUUUCCCGUACUCCAGAACGUAACAGCUCAAAGCGCCGUUCAUCACGGUCUUUGUCAAAGACUCGUAAACGCUUAACUGAGCGUAGAAAUUCAAAACGCCGCUCAUCAAGUAAAAAUAAAUCUAAUAGGAGGUCACGGUCUUUAUCAAAAAAUCGCAAACGCUCACCUGAGCGUCGUCGUUCUUUAUCGCAUAGAUCAUCUCGUCAACGAAGGCGUUCAAGAUCGCAUACUGAAAAUCGGCAUAACUCAAGAAAACGUUCUUUAACACCCAAAUAUAAAUCAAGAAGAUCCCGCACACCUGAUAAACACAGGUCAAGAAGAUCUCGCACACCUGCUAAGAGUUAUGAAAAUGUAUCAGAAAAAAAAUUAAAACAAAAAUCUACCAAGGAACGACAUUCUCGCUCACGUUCAUAUUCUCGAAGUUCUUCAGAACUUAGUUAUUCUCCUGCAAAACGAAAUCCUGAAAGAUAUAAGGAUAUUACCGAUAAUAAAAAAACUGAUAAACCUGCUAAUAAGCAUAAAGAAAAAGAAAGCCGUGCAAGUGAACAUGUAAAAAUAACGAAAGAUAAUGGCAACGAUCGGAAUCGUUCAAAACCAAAAGAAGACCACUCAUCGUCGGAACAACAAAAAUCAACUGAGAAAGAGCGUAAUAGUAAAAAAGAUGAACGUCGAGAAAGACAUUCUUCUGAUACGCAUGACACAAACAAACGUAAUAAGCCAACUCCUGUUGUACGUCUCCAAGCGGAAAGUGAAGAUGAUACCGAUAACGAUGAACGCGUUGAAAAAGUCACUGCACUCGAUGAAUUUCAAGAAUCCAAGCAUGAACGAGAAUUAAAGGAUUUAAAGAUGUUGGAACAACUUAAAACUGAUAUAGCAGCAAAAGCGAAGGAAAAAAUAAAGACCAUUGAAAAAAUGGCAGCAAAUCCAUCUACGGCAAUAAGUAAUGAUGUAAGUGAUAACGAAUAUAACAGACGAGGCAUGCGAAAUUCUUUGAAUGAGUUUUUAGCUGCUAACCACGUCAGUAUUAACAACAAUAACAAUGAGAAGAAUUCUCUACUAACAACUCAGCCUACAGUUGCAAUUUAUCCGCAGCCAUUAAACGAAGAUAUAGAAAAGAGUAGUGUUAAUCAAAUUCAAAAUGAAAAAAAUUCACAAAAUGAAAAUACAGAUGAGAAAAAAGUAGAACUAGAAAAAGAUAAAGAGAAAGAAAAUGAAAAAGAAAAAGAAAGAGAAAGAGAAAAAGUGGACAUUGCGCAUACUGAUUGCAAGGCACCUGAUGUAGCAGCAAACGGUCAUGCUGAUAAAAGUCCUAUAAUAACAUUGCCAAUAACGACUCUUAAUAACAUUCAGAAAGAGCGUAGAUUCUCGCCGUUAAUUAAUCGAAAAUCUCAUCAUAGAGUUAAAAUAAAUACGAUUGCAGUGGGUUCAUCUACUACUAAUUCAUCGUAUAAUAAUCUUAAUAACUUAACUAAUCCUUUAAUAAGUGGAACACCAUUUGCAACUACAUUUAAUCGUAGCCGUAUUAAUAAUACGCCUUUAAUACCUUCUACUCACUUUAAUAAUUUAAUAAAUAAGAGUCAUAGUGGUGGUGGUGGUAGUCGUCGUGAACAUCAUCGUAAUAAUAUUAAUCUUAAUGCUUUGUCAAAUAUUCCUCUUACUAACUUUCCUAGUCAUAAUUUACUAAUACCUAAUAGUCAACAUCAACAUCAACAUCAUCAUCACCAUCAUCAUCAUAGCGUUACUACAUCUAAUAUAGCUGAUCAACUAUUGAUGGCUGCAUCAUAUGCUGCUGUGUCUGGCCGGCAUCAAGGCCUGAACACGCAUAAUUAUGCUGUAGCGGCAGCUAAUAAUUUAAGUUAUCAUCAUCAAAAACCAAAAAUAGUUAUAAAGCCUUUUAAAAUUAAUGAUUCACAGCCUCUUGUCGCAGCGCUUACUGAUAGUACACUAGUCGAUACAAUAGUAUCGAAGGUAUCAACUGCUACUGUUGCUGCAGCUGAAAGUGCAGCAAGGCGUAGUCGGAGUAGGUCCCGUCAUAGUCGUAGCCGUAAUCGCCGCGAUGGUGGAACUAGUCGCCGUACGGCAAGUCGCUCACGAUCAUCGCACUAUUCAUCGUCUAGCAGCCGAAGCCGUAGUCGCUCUCAUAGUCACCAUCGUAGUUCAAGGUCACGGUCUAGGUCACAGAGUUCUGAAUCAAGCUCCUCAUCCAGAAGUUCCAGAAGUUCAUCUGCUAGUAGCUCUGGAUCUUCACGUACUGGUUCACGUUCACCAUCAAUACCCAGAAGACGUGGUUCUCCGAGUUUCCUUGACCGACGCCGUAUCACAAGCGCACGAAAACGUCCGAUACCUUAUCAUCGUAAAACGCCUUCAGAUGCAUCAAGCUAUUGCUCCAGUUGCUGUAGUCGUGAGAGUUCACCACGUACUCCUUCGCUUUCACCAAGCUGUAGUCGCAGUCCGUCGACGGCUUUCUGAGUGUUAAGGAAAAGCUUAGCCAAAGUACUAAGCAAUGUUUCUGAAUUCCAAAAUGUCCAUAAUAUGUGAAAAUGUACUUGAAAUAGAAAAUACGUUCCACAGUCUAGUCAUUUUACAUUUUUCAUUUUAGAAAUUUUUAAGCCUUUCUAGUCAUUCCGAUAUUUGCAUUGUUGAUAUUUAUAGUUCUGAUAUUAUAAUUUAGUUAAUCAUUUUAUUUAUUUAAAUUAGUAAGUUAGUAAUUUAAGAUAAAUUAUUAUAUAAAAAAUAUAUUUGUUGCAAUUCC